CGCCCGUCGCGGCGGGGGCCACUCGGAGCCAUCGCGGCUGCGCGGGGCGAGAGCGGCGCGUCCCGGCCGCGGCUGCCGGGAGCACACUGAUAAGAUUGCACAGCUUGUGAUCCUGCACUGUCAUUGGAGUUCAGCAUCUGCUGCCUUUUUUCCUGGUCCCUGCAAGAUGCCAGCAGCCCUUGCAGAGAACAGCCAGGUUAUCUGUGAAGUAUGGGCCAACAACCUGGAGGAGGAGAUGAGGAAAAUUCGGGAGAUUGUCCUGAGUUACAGCUACAUUGCCAUGGACACGGAGUUCCCGGGCGUGGUGGUGAGGCCGAUCGGUGAAUUCCGCAGCUCCAUCGAUUACCAGUACCAGCUCCUGCGCUGCAACGUCGACCUGCUGAAAAUCAUCCAGCUGGGCCUGACUUUCACCAAUGAGAAGGGGGAAUAUCCUUCUGGCAUUAACACCUGGCAGUUCAACUUCAAAUUCAACCUCACGGAAGACAUGUACUCUCAGGAUUCCAUAGACCUCCUUGCCAGCUCUGGGCUGCAGUUCCAGAAGCAUGAAGAAGAAGGGAUUGACACCCUGCACUUUGCUGAGUUGCUGAUGACGUCGGGGGUCGUCCUCAGUGACAGUGUGAAAUGGCUGUCCUUCCACAGUGGUUAUGACUUUGGCUACAUGGUGAAGUUGUUGACAGACUCCAGGUUACCAGAAGAGGAACAUGAAUUUUUCCACAUCUUAAACCUUUUCUUCCCAUCUAUCUAUGAUGUGAAGUACUUAAUGAAGAGCUGCAAAAACCUCAAGGGUGGCCUUCAGGAAGUGGCAGACCAGCUGGAUUUGCAGCGAAUUGGUCGACAACACCAGGCAGGAUCAGACUCUCUCCUCACAGGAAUGGCAUUUUUCAGAAUGAAAGAGUUAUUUUUUGAGGAUACAAUUGAUGAUGCAAAGUAUUGCGGACGACUGUAUGGCCUUGGCACAGGAGUGGCUCAGAAACAAAAUGAAGAUGUGGACUCAGCCCAAGAGAAAAUGAGCAUUUUGGCCAUUAUCAACAACAUGCAGCCGUGAUGAGCGGUGCCCCUCAGCAGAACAUGUUUACCAUUUUGGCAGCUGCUGUCCUCAACCAUUUUCCCUACACAGUGUCUCAAACAAAAAGCAUCUCCAGUACACAGGCUGCACCCAAGCCUUGCAGUUUUGCUGAAGAGCUGCAUUUUCCUUUGAAACCCAGAAGAGUUGACUGAUUUCCUAAUGCCAGCAUUUGUGGUUUGCUAUAUUUUUAAUACCAAGGGCAAAGGACAGAAUCUACUGUGUAUACCUCUGUUUUUUUCCUCUUUUUACUGUACAGAAUCUGCAAGGAAGAUUUACCUGUAGAGUAUUGGGUAGAGCUGAGGGUUGGGAAAUGCAGUGAAAAUGGACACAGACACGCACGCAAAUUUGCAAUUUGUGUUUUAUAAAGCUUAUUUUAAAACUUCUGCAUGUUGUGAGAGUGACAGCUUCACCUCAUGUGUUGCUUAUUUUAUCUGUCUGUGGAAAUUGCUCCCUUUGAUCACUGCAGAGGUUUGGGAACAGAUGACAUUAAAAAUGAUCCUUGCAGCUAAAAAUAUUCAGAGAUUUGCUUUAACAACAGAGGGAAUGGAGAUUAAUGGAGCUGAUUUGAUCAGCACUCCUUAGUUUCUAAUUCUCUGUGUUACUGAUUUGACCCAUGCUAAGCCUCAGCUUUGUUCUUACGGGUAUUAAGGAACUGUUCUGGAAAUACAUUCAGAGGCCCAAAAGUUCACCUUUGACAGGGGAUUGGACCAAUGCUAUGACUUCUGUUUUCUUCAACUUAAACCUACACAUUUUAUUCAUCUCAUGCAACACAACUAGGUCAGCAUGGACAAAUAUUAUUCCUCUUCUCCCCCCUGCUUCUCCAGCCCCUAAUUUUACAAUAUGCUUAACAGGUAAAACAGUGUUUCUGAUUUUUUUCCUGAGUUUCUGGGUCUUUUUCAUUAUAAACACCUGAAAAGUAGUUAAGAGGAUGAAGAACUUGGGAUUCUGACUUUGAAAAACAUUCUAUAGUAUUUUUUUAACAGCUCUGUAAUGACAUUUCUUAAAAGAACAAACCCUUCUGGACAUGUCAAACUUAAAAAAUUUUUAAGACUUUGUCUGGCAUUUUGAACACGCUUAAUCCAAUAUUAAAGAGUUGAGGUUUAGAGCUGGUAUUUGAAAUGUUUGUAAAGACUAGUUUUUAUUUUUUGUAAAAUAAAUUUUUUUAAACCAGGCUUUGGUUUGGAUUUUCCAUCAAGCACUAGAAUUUCCACAACUGAGGCUUUGGAAUCUGAGUUUGGGAGAUACAUGCCUGAAGAUGCUGAAGUUUGUUUCCUUUACUAUUUAGUGAAAUGUCUUUUGAGCUUAUUGUACAGUAGCUGAGGAAAGCUGAGCUGUAAGAGCUCUGGCAGAGCUGUGUUCUCUCCCUGCUGCUCUCUCAGCACAGCUCACGCUGGAGCAGUAUUCCUGCACUGCAGAGUGGCCACUUGAAGGGACAAACGUGCGUGUGAAGUUUUCUGCUCAUCUAAACUCCAGUGGCUCCUGCUCUAAGUGCAGGAAGGCAGUUUGGUGAAGCACUGGCUCCCCCGCCUGGUUUUCAGGUGCUUUGUACAGAAUUUAGCAAAUUCAAAUUGGUGGCAACAGUGCCUCUGUAGAUGUGUUUAAUCAGUGAUGUUGUUCAGUCUAACCCCUGGCUUUCACCUGCUGCUCUUGAAGUUGUUGUGAGGCUUUACUCAGCUUGAAGCAGGAAAUCUGUCAGAAUUUAAGUAUGCAUUUUGGCUGGAAGAAUCUGGAACAACUUUUGAUCUAAAAAUCCCUUACUCCUCCUUUUAAUUCUUAAACAAUAAUCUUUACUGUACUUGAAACUUUCUAAAUUCAGGAUGAACGCUUUCCCCCUUCAACUUUUGCUGCAUUUAAAACCUUGCUUCUAAAAAUGACUAAGACAGAUGCUAUGCUCACUAAGGCUUAUGCACACUUGUGCUCUUCAUAGAAGUUACCUUUUCUAACACGACAGACAAAGCCUUUAAGUAGCUGUAAGACUGGUCAAAAUACUGCAUGUUCAAGACUGCAAAAUCCAAGACUAGUUUUGGCACUUUCUAGAAUAGCACCAUUCUAGAGAACUUAUUUCUAUUCAUCAAAUUAAAUACCAAUUCAUGGUUGUAGAAGACUUUAUUUAAAGGAGAGAAAAUAAACUCAAAAAGCUUUCAAGAACAAUACUGGCCUAAGGGUCAGUUUGCUCACAGAAACCAUUGAUUUUCCUGAGGGCAGCUACUCUUCCUCCUCUGCUGAAAGACUACACAGCUGCUCAAAACUUUCUCUUGCAUGUAAAUAGCAAGAGCUUUCAAAAGCAUAGUGUCCAACAAAUAAAAAAAAAACUAUACGAAAAUCAGUUACAACAGUUCACUACUGCUUUUCAGUUUUCUAACAGUCUCCUUAAAUAAGUAUCAGUGGAUGAGCACAAGUGGAUGUGUAUAAACCUGACAUUUGGUAUCAGUAACAGCCACAGCCAUCAAAAGAAGCCUUCACUUGAAGAAAGAGCAGCCUUAGUGUUCAGUAGCUGGAGGCAGCUCAAGGGAGACACUUUGGUCUCAACUGUCAUGUCAAGAAUCUCCUGCCAGCCUUUUUGUAAACACCAGCACCACCGUGUUUCCUCAGGAGAGCCAGAGCCUCUUCCUGCAGCUCAGGAGGACACUGGGAUCCCAGGUGAAGGAGCACCAGGCAGCACUCCAGCACGUCAGGGAAUGGGAAGACCUGCAAAAAAAGGACCACGAGGUGAUGUCUACAAUUUAUAUUACAGUUGUUCAGCAUAAUCAGGCAGCUCUCUAAAGACACUGCUUUGUAGCAUUCUCAGAACAGCCAGAUGCAUUUUCUGUUCACAUUUACCCAGGUUUAUCACUCUUGCCCAAUCACCAUGGUUACAUGUUGUUGAAUGUUAUGUGUACUUUCUACAGUUCCUAAUCUAUUAAAGCCAUUUUAUAG